UCUGAGCGAGUAAAUAAUAAAUUUUAGAGGCUCUGGUUGAAGCACUACCUACCUCCUACCUCUCAUUUCUCUGAGAGCCGAGAGAGAUUUACGGGAUCAGAAAAUAGAAAUGGGGAACUCCAACGAAGUGGUGGGCUUAGACUAUUGGCUUAGAUGGCAAGUACCAGUAUGUGCUCUGAUCCUCCUCGUCCCUACCGCAAUCUCACUCAUCCUCAUCAACAGAAACGAUAGAGAUCCUCUUAAGUUCACUGAUCUGUGGUUUCCAUGUUGGAGAAACCUCAAUCCCUUUUGGCUCCUACUCUACAGGGUUUUUGCUUUCACUUCCAUGGCUUUCGUGCUCUAUCAGAUCGUCGUAGCCUUCGGAUUCUUUGUUUUCUAUUUCUACACGCAGUGGACAUUUACAUUGGUUAUUUUCUAUUUUGCGCUAGCUACUGUUAUAUCUGCUCGUGGAUGCUGGAUGUACAUGAAAAAUCCUAGUUUUCAGAGUGGGGAGGGAGACAAGUUUCUGAAAAAGGAUUCAGAAGAAAGUAAACACGAAAGCAAGACGACUUACAAGGGAAUCAAUUUACAGGGCCAUCACAGUCAAGUGCAGAAUGAGCAACUAGCCGGAUUUUGGGGUUAUCUUAUGCAAAAUGUUUAUCAGACUUGUGCAGGUGCUUCUACGCUAACAGACAUAGUCUUUUGGUGUCUUCUUCUCCCAUUUAUGUCAGGUGAAAAUUUUCAGCUCACCGUGUUGAUAGGAUGCAUGCAUUCUCUCAAUGCUGUUUUUCUUCUUAUAGAUUCCACUCUCAAUAGCCUUGUAAGUAUCACUGCUUCACCAUUUUCUCUGCCACAAUAUUAGCCAAUGAAUGCAUGUCAUUGGUUUCCACUGCUAUUUCCAACUUUUGUUUCAGCCUUUUCCUUGGCACCGGCUUACAUACUUUGUGCUGUGGAGCUCUGCCUAUACUUUUUUUCAGUGGAUUCUUCACGCAUGUGGCUUUACAUGGUGGCCAUAUCCAUUUUUUGAGCUUUCUACUCCAUGGGCACCUCUGUGGUAUUUUAGCUUGGCUUUGGUUCACAUCCCCAGUUAUGGAAUAUAUGUACUUCUUAUCAAAGCAAAAGGCUCAAUCUUUCCAAGAAUGUUUCCCCGUGCAUUUGUGAGGUCAUACUAGUUCAUCAAUGUCUCAAUUAAGACUCAAGCUUUACUCAGAUUGAAAACUAAGAAGGUUCAAAACAAACAUUUCCAUGCUUUUCUUCCUUUUUCUUUUUUUUGGGGGGGGGGGGAGUCUUUCUCUGAAGCGAACUCAUCAUAUGUUUGAAAUGAUUGCAUCAGUUGUCUAACAAUCAAAAGAAAUUGAUAUUUAUUCACAUUAGGGUUAGUGGGCUUGUCUAAUAAGUCAUAGUUGGUUGAUAAUUUCAUGUCAAUAAUAAUAUCAUGGUAUCACUAUUGUAUUCAAUGUUUUCUCCUCUAUCUAGUCACCACCACGAAUGGAUGCUAACAUGCAUGUAUUGUCUAUGGCAGGGUUUUAGUUUCAGCUAGCAGAAAUUCAGUGGAGAAGAAGCAGACCUAAAUUAAUGCAUUAUAUAAAACUAGCUCUGUGUGCUUGUUUGAUUAUUGUAUAUGGAGGAAACUGUGAACCCCGGUCUUUAC